AUGGACAGGGAACUGUCUGUCUUCUUUCAGGGCACCACAGAAUCCAGGCCAGCGGGUCGUGGGCAACCUGGAGGACGUACGGCGAGCCGUAAUCAAGGAGGCAAUAUAGAUCGCGAAGGCCUACAAGAACAGGGUGACGGUGGUAGAAUCCGCUCUGCCACCCGUAUUCAGAAGUUGUAUCGGGAGAAUUGGAGGAAAGCGAUGCAGGAGGUGCUUGAGGGUCCAUCUCCCUUUUGCCAGGUGCCUAAGGAUGAUGUCCUCAGGUACUUCCGAACAUUGUACUCCGACGAUUCCCCCUUCAAUGAGGAGUUGCCAGCAAGACAAGUAUGGCCACUGGACGAGGGCGGCGAGUUGGCUGGGGCCUUGAUCGCUUCUCUGACGGCCACUGAGGUCAGCCGGAGGUUAGCCAGGAUGCAGGACACUGCACCUGGCCCCGAUGGCUUGAAAUACAGUGACCUGACGAAGGCAGAUCCUGGUUCCGGACUGCUCACCGCCGUAUACAAUGCGUGCUUCCGUCUAGGGGCCAUAUCAGUGUCGUGGAAGGUCUCCAACACUGUAUUGAUUUACAAGAAAGGAGACCGAAACGACCUGUCGAACUGGCGACCUCUCGCGAUGGGCAAUACCAUCUACAAGCUCUUUGCCGCCUUGAUUGCUGAUCGCUUGACGAACUUUGUUGUCAAUGGGAAUAGGCCAACUUCAUCUCAGAAAGGCUUUUUGAAGUACGAGGGGUGCUUAGAGCACAACUACGUUGUUCAAGAGGUCUUGACGGAUGGAGCGCGUGAGGGUGAGGAUGUUAUCGUCGCGUGCCUGGAUGCUUCCAAUGCUUUUGGUUCCAUCCCACACGAGGUGAUAUACGAUGCCAUUGAAGGGAUUGGAGCACCUGUGGUGUUCCAAUUGGCCCCGGCUCACGUUCACAAGUAA